AUGGCUGUCAAGUUUAUCGCUCCUCUUUCUGUGUUUCUUUUCUUUCUCUCUUCUUGUCAAGCCAAGCCGGAGAACUGCAGUGAGGCUCAGUGCAAGGUCUUACCGGUUGGAAAAGGGACUGCGUCCGAAUUCCGCGUUAAGGCUUCCGAGAAGGGUGUUAGAAUAGUCUACUUGGAUUUGAAGUUCCGUAACGACAGCUACCGUCCAUCAGAGUCAGAAAACGAAUUUCUCCCAAAUAGAUGGGUUUGGGCGAGUUUGAUCAGCGAGCCAAUGUUGUCUUUGUCUUAUGACUAUGACAUUUUAUCCGUGGGCCUCCUUAAAUACCAAACAAGAAGUAUGGAUGUGCUGUUGGAAGAUCAACCAAGCGGAUGCCUUGCGAACUUGAACUCAUCCUAUCAAAACAAGAUAGUUGGAAGAGCGCUUUUGAAUAUGACACAGUUAAACUCAGGUGAACCUCCAGAUAGGAAUGUUGUUUGUGUUGCGAUUAUUGAAGAUUAUAAUGUUAAAGACUUUUUAUGGAACGAUUUUUAUGGAAAUGUCAGAUUCCAGUGCUGUGAGAUUAGCAAAGAAGAAACCGAGGAGUCUGCUUACAUUCAAUGUGAGCUGGAUGUUCAAGUUAGAGGUUGGUUAAAAGCUUUUAAUGGCAUCCUCAACCUUUUGACUGUGCUAAUGAUGCUUUAUUGUCCGGCGUUUCUCCUUUUUCUUCCGGAUUCCAUUUUCAAUCUUCAAGAGGAGGGUACAAAGGAAGAGCGACACGAAAACGAGCAACAAUCAGAAGGCAGCCAUCAUCAACAGAGCAAUCAACAAAUAAGCAGGUACGGAUCAACUGCUGAAGCAAAUGUCAAUGCAGAAAAUGACGAUUCAGUUUCUCUUGUAACUUUACCUCUUCUGACUCAGAGUCAGCAAGCUAAUUCCCAAAUAGGCGAGGAUACAUCAAACAAACAUGUGCAAAGUCUACUUUAUUUGGACGAACCAAAUCCAAUAACCCUCUCAUAUUUUCUCAGAAACUAUACUAAAGAACGUACAGAACUAUUUUCAUUUCAUUCCAAAUUUGCAUUUCUCUGGUACUGUGUUAUUCCAAUUUUUGUGUACCUAAGAUUAGGAUUAAACUACAUUGUAGAAAGUAAAUUUAUGGAGGAGGUGCGUAAAAAACCAAAGGCAUCUCUGGUGGGACCACUGCUUUCAUAUCUUUUCGAUUUUCAGGGUUUUCUCGCGCGGCUAAUGGUUCUCGCUCCUUUGAUUUUGAUUUUACUCUCAAAUCCUAAGGAUUUCCUAAUUACUGCCGGAGAGGACAUUAGACAAGUUAAAUGCCCUGUUUGCAGAGAAAAUACGGUUUCAGUAGGAGAGGACAUGCUCCGACACUUAAGAAAAUUAUCAGUAAACAGUUACAAGUUAGCUUCGUGUUUAAUUAACUUUCACCAAAAAGCAUUAGCAAAAUCUAUAAAGUUCUUUACACAUUACGCUAUUGAGAAAAUGGGUCCGCCAUGGAAACGAGCUAAAACUCCUUUCAUUGCUUUGUGGGUGUUAUUCUGGGAUGUUGUCUUAGUCAUAGUUGUUGGUGUCAUUUUAGGAGGAGUAUGCUUUUGUGUAUUGUUAAUAGUAUUCAACCAAUACCGUCAUUGUCUCACACCGAUGUUCAUCGGUGUUCAAAUUUUUCUAGUUGGUUUUCAGCUACUCCCAAUGGCAAUAUUAACAGACGGCUGUUUGGUAGGGGGCCUUUCUUGUCGAUGUAUCACUCGCAUGUUUGGCUUAGUUACUUUAGGUCUAGUGUUAAAUGCGUCAAUUGCGGGCCCAUUCUUAGCGCUCUCUAUCGCUGCUUUAACAAACAUUUAUCUAUGCUACUAUAAUCUGCAAAUGUACUACCGAGAUGUGAAAGAAAUGAUUUCGGAGAAGUGGCAGACUCUUGACGGAAAACGCGAGCACGGUGCAAUUCCAGAAGAUCUAUUUUGGCGCAUUUGCAGUGAAGCGUCAAAUUCAAAUAAGGCAGUUCCACCAGUUAGCGGUGAAGUUAACCGCAUGCUUAGCAAUAUGGCUAUCAUAUGA